UUUCCCAGGUUGGAGGUCUUGGAACUGGUUGAAAUUAAUAUUCCAAAGAUUUGGUGCGAGCGACUUCCAUCACAUAUUUUUUCCUCCGUUCAAAAUUUAACAUAUAUUACCUUGCGGGGAUGUGGUCGAUUAAAAUAUAUCUUUUCAUCUUCUAUAUUAAAAAUCUUGGUGAACCUCCAACAUCUUGAGAUAUGCCAUUGUGCAGUUUUGGUAGAGGUCAUUAUCAUGGAAGAAGAAAGCAAGGGCAAAAUCUUCCCUCGUUUAGAAUGCAUGGUAAUAAAAGAUCUUGAAAAUCUUACAAGAUUUUGCUUAGGAAAUUACAUUGAAUUUCCAUCCUUGAAACAUUUGGAGAUAGAACAAUGCCCUCAAUUCAAGGCAGUCAUCUUGACAAACAUAAGCACCGAGUCAGAGGGUAUUCAACCUUUCUUCAAUGAAAAGGUUGCAUUACCAAGCUUAGAAGAAAUGGUAAUAUCUGGCAUGGAUAACCUGAAGAUGAUAUGGAACAACCAACUCCCUCAGCAAUCUCUUCAAAAACUAAAAUUAAUGGAAAUCAAGAACUGUGAUAAGCUAUUGACUAUUUUUCCUUCCAAUAUGUGUGAAAGGUUCUGGCAAUUGGAAUCACUAACUGUUACUGCUUGUGGUUCAUUAAUGGAGAUAUUUGAUCUCCAGAGGCUAAAUUUUGGGGAAAAACAUUCUAAAGCUCAGUUAAAAGAAUUGUGUAUCCAUGGUCUACCAAAAGUGACACAUGUAUGGAAAAAGGAACCCCAAGUAAUGCUGUCCUUUCCAAAGCUACAGAUAGUGAGAGUUUCUGGAUGUAAGAAUCUAGAAAAUCUAUUUCCAGCCUCCAUUGCUAGGAACCUUUUUGAACUUAAAGAGCUUGAGAUGGUAAAUUGUGGAGUGGAGGAGAUUGUUUCAAAGGAAGACAGAGCCAACGCAGCUGUUAGGUUUGUCUUUCCACAUGUAACCUUCCUCAAAUUGUCAUUGCUUCAACGACUUAGAUGCUUCUAUCCUGAAACACAUACUUCAGAAUGGCUGGUUUUAAAAAAGUUGGAGGUAUGUGAUUGCGACAAUGUGAAGAUAUUCACAUCAAAAUUGUUAGCCACCAGGAAACUGAAGAGUAUCAACUUAAUGUACAGCGGAACAGGCCCUCUCUUGGUGGAAAAGGUCUUCCCUAAUUUGGAGGACUGA